UUAUUUAAAAAUGUCGAGCAGCUUCACAGUAUCAGAGAAAGCAAAGGUAAAUGUUUUUUGUCAAAGAAACGAUGGCAAAUCGCCAUUAUGGCCAACAUUGGAUUUAUUAUUGCAUUUGGUAUACGCUGCAAUUUUGGUGCAGCUAAAGGCCGAAUGAUUAACAAUUUUACGGAUCCGUUUGGAAAUAAUUUUACCCAACGCUUCUUUUGGACUCCGACAGAAUUGGGUUUAAUGGAGAGUUCAUUUUUUUAUGGUUAUGCACUCACUCAAAUACCUGGUGGGAUGUUAGCUGCAAAAUUUGCACCUAACAGAUUAUUUGGCUUAUCAAUAUUAAUUGCUGCAAUAUUAAAUAUAAUAUUAGCAGUAACACUGGAAGCGCAUCCAUUUACCGAUUAUGCAGUAAUGGCAAUUCAAGUGUGUCAGGGAUUAUCACUGGGAGUUAGUUAUCCGGCAAUGCACGGUGUAUGGAGACAUUGGGCACCUCCAAUGGAACGGUCUAAACUUGCAACCACAACGUUUACCGGCGGUUAUCUAGGUGUUAUGCUUGGCUUGCCAUUAUCCGCAUAUUUGGUAUCAUACAUAGACUGGUCAGCGCCGUUCCACUUUUUUGGGGUUGCGGGCAUAUUGUGGGCGUUAUUUUGGUUUAAAAUAUCCGGAGCAACACCUGAAAAAUGUAAGAAUAUUUCUGAAGAAGAACGAAACUACAUUGUUGAACAAGUUGGUCAAGUGGCUUCAUCACCUGCUACGUUGACAACAAUACCAUGGAAGAAGAUAUUCUUAUCGAUGCCAGUCUGGGCAAUAGUGAUAUGUAGUUUCUGCCGAUCAUGGACAUUCUUCUUGUUGCUUGGCAAUCAGUUGACGUACAUGAGCGACAUACUUCACCUGGAAAUUCAUAACGGAGGGCUUAUUUCGUCACUUCCACAUGUUUUGAUGUCGAUCGUAGUUUUGAGCUCUGGCCAAAUAGCCGAUUACUUACGUUCAACCGGUAAAAUGUCGACAACAGCAGUCAGAAAAAUGUUCAAUUCUUUUGGUUUUGCUGGCGAAGCAAUCUUUUUAUCUUGUUUGGCGUUCAUGUCGGAUCCUUCAAUCGCCAUAGCUACACUUGUCAUGUCAUCAGGAUUUAAUGUAAACCAUUUCGAUAUUGCACCUCGUUAUGCUCCUAUUCUUAUGGGUUUUUCUAACGGCUUUAGUGCAUUAGCUGGAGGAGUACAGUUGGGCUGGAGAUUCUCAUUUCUUUUAGCCGUAUGUGUCGACGUACUUGGACUUCUAACCUUUUUGAUAUUUGGUGCUGGUGAGAUCCAAGAAUGGGCUAAAGAGGAGGAACCUCAGCAAAGCAUGGAAGAAAUUGUUCGCUCGCUCUCGAAUGUGGUACGGAGGAUGUCGUCAGUACGGAGUACACGUUCGCUUGUGAAACAUCGUCGUUUGAAGGAGGAGGACAAAAUCAGCAUUGUUAGUGAUCUGGCGAAAAAUUCUGAGACUGUAGGACCUAUAGGACAGGAUGGAGUUACUGACAGACCUCCUUUACCAAAUUUUAGUAAGUUUCUAACUCAAAAUAACACCGCUAACAUUUUCGAUUUGGAAAGGUAUUGUCUUCUUAGCUGGUCAGUCAGAUUCCCUUAG